AUGGCAAGGGGUCCCCUUGCCAUGACCAAUUUUUCAAAUCACGAUGAGCAACCCGAUGUCAAAGAAGAUGGCACGUCUGUCGACACGGCCUCUUCGUUACUUCCUCCCAAACCAAAUGGACCAAAGUUCAAGGUAUACCACUGGAACUACCUGUAUCCAUUCAUUGUUCGCUCCAGGCGUAGACCCAACUUCAGAACUUUCUUUCCUUAUAUUCCAAACGAGGUCAAGCAUAGAAAGCGUACAUCUCGUAUACAGCUCAAGGUCCUGGAAGAUAUAUUUCGUAAAGAUACGAAACCAAAUGCUGCCCUGCGUAACCAGUUAGCAGCAGAACUUGAAAUGCUUCCACGUGCGGUCCAGGUGUGGUUUCAAAACGGGCGUGCAAAGGACAAAGCUCUUCAUAAAAGUGUUCAGGACUCGACUCAGCAGGAUUCCCCUUCGGCUCACUCUCCUCAAAAGUCUCAGUCUUCCAGGGACACCUCCCCCAAUGACUCCUCCAAUUCUUCCACCCCCACGGAAAAACACACGCCCCUGCAGAAGACGAUCAACCACCCUCACCAGAGCCACACCCAGUGGAGCGAUCACCAACAGCUGAAAGUCAUCUUACAAAGUUUUCAUUUUCUCUUCCUGUGCCCCCUACAGAAGCUUGGCACAGUAACCCAGCCACUCCUGCCGAAAUUCCCCCAUAUAGGGUCGCUGCCAAUCACCGCGUCCACGCCAAGUACAGACGCCAACCAGCCACCUUCCCACUUCCCAGAUAGACGCAAGUCUAUGGACGUCAGUCUCCUUAGGCUCAUGCAUCAUCUGUUCGCACGCGUUGCAAAGGAGAAGAAUGAUGUGAUCUUUCUCAGGCCGCCCAUAUCUCCUGCAGGGUGUCAGUCCAUGGCCCAUCCACCGUCCAGCCUCGGUGCGCCAAGCAUACAUAUAACAAGUUACAGCUCUUCUACUUCCUAUAGCCCUUACACCCACCCUUCUUCGGCUCAUAGAGCGUCAGAGCCCCAUGUCUUCUCGCCUACUCGCUCCUUCCUUGUACCGGAGAUUCGUCCACCGUUUCCGUUCCCGCACGUGCCGUGCCGGCUCUCGGACAACCGCUUUACAAUGAGCUCCAGAGCGCUCCCGUCGCCUAUUCCUGGCCCCCUGCCAAAGCCUGAUUUUCAGUUUGGCGCUCCAACUUCUGGGUCCCCUCCACAUGUCUCACCGGAUGCAGAAUCUAUCAGGAACCUGCACGCAUGGGCUUUUCCUCGCAAUGAGGCAGAUCAGGAUGCGGAGGAUUCAUACAGUUCUACUGGAUUAUCUAGAUACGGCUCGAUUGCUAGCAUCUGUGGGAGCGACACCAGCGCGACCAGUGCAAUUUAUUCAGACGUCAGCAGUUGUGUUGGCAUUGAUCAUUUCGAUUCUAAUGGCAGGAGAGGGUCUUGUGCAUCCAACCUCGAAACACGUAUGUCCGGUUUGAACAUGCGGUCCAGCCAGAGAUCGCUCAAUGAGGCUCACUUAAACGCCGCAUCUUCAUUUUCCUACCAACACAGGGAACACCUGUUAUCACAGGUGCCAAGAAUGAAGCGCGUGAUACGACGAAGUGAGGACGACUUAUCUCUGUCCGGAUGCAGAGAACGACUUAUCUCUUCAACACACUCUUCCUCUACUUCCACUGUUUCACCUGGCGGAAGUCCACACUCUGGAUACAGCCAGGACCCUGGCCCCUCGGGUCUGCGAACAAGCGAGGUUUUGUUUUGUUACAAUCCUCUCCCACCUGAAACUACCGCCAACACCUAUCUAGGUCCCAUGGAGCCCACCACAGCAAGCCGCAGGCUCAGUAUACCCACCAUCCAAGAAGGAGUGCCGCACAAUCAUAUUCAGAACAACAUCAAACACAACUCCUCAUAUCCCACGCCCGUAGACACAACGGCCCAGUCCAACGUAUAUCAUUUCGCCCCAGAAUCCAACCAAUACCCUCACACAGGAAACUAUCCACCAUUUCCGCGGGAUGGCACGUUUCCUCCCACGGAGACCUCAUAUGCCCAACCUGGAUUGCAGCACCCAGCAGAGAGCAGUUUUGCGUUGAGCUCUGCUCCGUCUGCUAAUUUUGGAAUCGGUGGCAGUAUGAACUCGUAUAUGUUGCCUCCGGCUGAAUACACAUCUGCUGUACCUCCUUCGAAUAGCGUGGGGCAUGGUGGGGAGCAGUUUAGUGCAUAUAGCUGA